AAUUUAUUUUACCAUCCUUUUAGUCAUGAUGGAGACUGACUUGGCCUUCUUUCUUGGAUACGUGGUGAUGACUAUCGUGGCUACUCGAUUUAGAUACGUCUUGUCGCUGAAGAAACUGCUGCAUCUAACCUAUCGGUUAUUCUAUAGCAGUCUGUUCUUCAAGACAGUGUGUCUUCUACUCCUAAACAUCGAUUUAUCGAGGUUUGCCCGGACCGGACUUGAAAUGACUAAGAUGCAAGACGCUGCUGAGGUUUUCUCGUGGCUGUCUACGGUUUUCUUUGUGUGUGUUCUGCUGCUUGUGUCAAAGGGGUUCUCUAUUACCAGAGCUCAGAUCAGCCUACCUGGAACAGUGAAGACGAUAUGUUUUGGUUUCAUCUACUUGACCUUCUACACCAUCGUCUUCUUUGACCAACGUGUGCUCCUAGACCCCCAAGACAUCAUUGUUAGUAUGACGUCACUAUCAGCAAGCGGUUUGAUUGGCCUUAAGUUUACUGGUGCUAUCAUUUUCGUACACGGCUGUAUCGUGACGAUCAAGAACCACCCAAGAAAGGUGCCCUUCUAUUUACCAUUCACUAUCUUCUUUAGUGUUUGGUUUGUAGCUGAGCCUACCUAUCGACUUCUAUACUUGUACGUCUACCCAGUUCUGAAAAGUCCUAAUAUCUGGAAUGGGAUCGACCUGGCUUUGUGUUUUACUGGACAUGCCUAUUUCCUGUACAUAACGCGACCAGACCGUCUUAAUAAACGGUUCCCUUUCCAUCUGCGAGCAGGAAAGGUUUCAUUCCGUGAUAACGAUGAAGACGUAGAAGAUCUCUAUAUUCCAUCGAAGGACUUCUAUUCCAUUUUCCAAACUGGAAAGAAAUCGGAUAGCGGAUCUGGAACGACAUUGACUAUUCCCGAAGGACCCCAGCACUACCAAACUCCUGUGUUGCCUUUCAACACACCAUCGGAAGAGUGCCUGGCUGUCCUUCUUCGACCAUCCUUACCGGAGAUACCAACCGUGUCUGCUACUGUUGACCUAUCAUACCGAAUACCCUCACCGGAGAUACCAACCGUGUCUGCUAAUGUUGACCCAGCAUACCGAAUACCAUCACCGGUUAUACCAACGGUAUCGGGUACUUUCCAGAAACAGACACCUGCAACGUCCUCGGUAUUUGUUUCCAUGCCUUCUGUAGUGGCUAGGCAGUCGAAGAAGAUCACUCCUACUGGGUCAUCAACCGGUCAGAAACAAUUUCCGAACGAAGACGGCGCGGCAGAUGAGAUCUCCACGGCUUCUGUUCCCAAGGGAGGGUUCUCUAUAUUCUCCGUCCAGAAACAACCGGACACCGGAACGUCUCCUGUAUCUGAGUACAUCAAGACAGAAGACAAAGACACAUUGGAUCGUGAAAACAAGCUUGCUGCUCCAAAAGGAGGAUAUUCUAUCUUCUCUGUGAACAAGCAACCGGACACCCUGACUUCGUCAAGGAAUUCUGGCACGGAUGUGACAGAUCAGACAGAGAUGUACACCUCUGUGAAUAAGGAACAACCCAGUCGUAACAAUGACUAUAGCUUCCUGCCAAAGAUCGCACCAUCCAUCGAAUCAACUGUGUCAUCUUCUCCGAAAACUUCCAAAGAAUCCGGAUCUGAUGUCCAACUGACCGACCUUCCUCUUGAGAUCCUGCCAGCGGCAUGCAAACCCAAUCAAGAGCCUUUGAAGACCAAGGUUCCUUGGGAAUCCGUAUCUGAAGAGAAGGUGCUUGAGACUAGAGUUGCUGAGAAUCUGAAACAGAUCGCCAUCAAACCAUCGGAUGACUCUAACCUGGACAAAGACAUUGAUGAAUCCCGAUGUUUUACAGAGAGCAUAAGCCAGGUCAACGGCGUAGCUUCUAAAGCGAGGAUAAUUAAUGUUCUACCAGCUCAAGAGCCUACCUUGCAGAUAAUGACCCUUGAGGAAACCAAAUCUGAUUCUGCUUUGCCUGACAUCCAAAGCCAGAAUAACGGCGACCAUCCCAACGUAAGGGUUAUCAAUGUUAAACCACUGAAUGAGCCUUACCUGAACAUCACUUCUACCAGGGAAUCCAGAUCUAUCAACCAGACUGUCAGAAAUGGCAGUUCGACUGAUGCAUCGACCAAUGCAUGCUUGAUUACCGUGAGACCAGCCAGUGAGCCUCUUAACAGCAGGGCCAAUGUGGUUUCUGUUGCUCGAAUCCAGAAAGUCUUUGAUGCUACAACCGAGGCCGUUCCAGAUAUUAAAUCUCUUUCUGAUGACAUCACGGUCGCCGCACCAAAGCCAUCUUCUUUGGAAACAAAUGACAUGCUCGAGAUCAAGAUCACUGGACCUCUUAUAGAUCCAUUGAAGCAUCAGUUCCCGGUCCCUCGUCCUAAGAUCCAGAACUGGACCACCGAGCCCCUAAAGCAGCCAAAUGACCUACUCACUAACGUCGGCCAAGGAGAAGUAUUUGAGAAUAACCUCUUCGAUCCAGACAAUGGACGACCAUCUUGUCAAAAACAGCCAGAUAAUGAUGAAUCCAGAUCUGAGAACAUCGUCACUGCUCCUGCUAUUAAUGGAGGGGAUUUUGCAAAGCCUUGUAAAAAGACCCGGAAGGAGCCUUCACAGAGACGAUUCCCUAAAUCAACCAAUCUGGGAAUGACUUCAGAUAUCUCUUCUAAUAACCAACCAAUGGCAAUGGAUCCAAAGACAAAGAAGAAGAAGCUCAAACGAUUCCUAAAGCUCGCACGCAGGCACAAUAACAAGCCUGCGAAGGCGGAAUAGGAAGAAAUUGCUUCAACAUUACUAUGCAAUAACUACUGAAAAACAAACCGGAUACUUUUGGGCCAUAAACAAACCUUCAACUGACUUGAAAUAUUCUUCAAUAAGAAACAACAGGAUAUUUGGAUCAUGAAACAAACCUGCAAAAAAUAGAGUAUCGACUGGAACUAAUAUACGAAUAUUGAAUGCAAUAUUGACUUUCGAAUACGUAUUGAAACGGAAUGCAAAAUGCAGUUUACUUUGUUCAAGAAAUAUUCUAAAUAUGCAACAGAUGGUAGAUAUAGUCACCAUUGCCUUCAACAGAUAAGAAUUAACAAUAAUGGCAAGUUGGGUAUUCUUGCUACUGUGCCUUACAAAAUUUGAUAAUCGUUGUGUAAAUUCUGCUUAAACUGAUUAGAAUAACGAGAGAUGAAGUUCUCUACUAUAUAUCUACUCAGCAAAUCGAUUCAAUACUGAAAUAUUUGAAUAAAGAAACGUGAAUAUACUUCAAAAUCAAUUCGAUUAACAUACUGGAAUUAGGACGUAUUAAACGAAAUUCAAUUUUGAAAAACUACGCGGCUUUCAAUACGCAUCGAACUACAUAACCAUGAAACUAAUGUUGUAAGUCUAGUUCUCAAUAAAAAUAUA